AGCUGAGCACGGAGCAGGUUGUUGGCUGGCUCAUGGUUGCUGGUGUUAAAUCAUGGAAUUUACGUUCCACAAAUUAAAUUAAUUCUAGGUGAAAUUAAUAAUUAUCAAAGCCAUAAAUUGUCAAAGUUCAAAUCCAACCCAUUUUCGGAGUGAUACUAGAUCAACUUUUUUCCAGAAUUUUGAUUUUAAAGAUAAGAUAAGAUGAGGCGACGUAGGGGUCCGAAACGAAAAACUGUGCCCCCGCCCCCUUCUCCUCCAGCCAAGAACGAGAUCGAUGAUGACGACGAGACGGAAGACGACGAUGUCGAGGUCGAGGUGGUGGAUGAAAGUACAACAGUGCACCCAUAUGACGGUCGAUUGAGGUCGCGGAAACGUCGCGACGCGGUCGCAUCACGACCACGAUACCAGCGAAGGAGACGAAGGAGUAGCAGUUCUUCUCGACCACCGACUCCACGUUUAAUUCGAAUCGACGACCGUGGCAACUUUAUCGAGUCAGGUGAAGGGGUUCCCGACCCAUUUAAAUGGCAGGGUACCGUCCACCCACUUCUAAUACCAGAUGUUCUCGUGAACGUAAUGUUGCGACUAGAAUUCUCUGAUUUUCGCAAUACUCAACUUGUUUGCAAACAGUGGCGAAUGGAAUGUCUUCGAAUAAUGCCACUCCGAACUUCGAUUUAUCUCAACUGUUUCAAGGACGUGGCAGGAUUCAUGCGAAUUCAUGAAAACUGUCACCACAGGUUUACACACAUGCGAAUUGGUCACAACUUGAAUCUUCAAGAUCAUUUGAUGCAACGAUUCUUCAGCAAAUUUGGGCCGUACAUUGAAUAUCUGCAUCUCGAGGCGCACUGGAUUCCUGCCUCGUUGAGACGAAUUCUUUUCGAAAAACUACCCAAUCUCGAAGAAUUUAUCCUUUGUUCUCAACGCAUUUGCGAGUUUAACUUUCUUCCCUCAUCCUCGAGGCAUGAACCGGAACAAAAGUUACCAAAUGUCAAGAUUUUACGAGUAGAAGCUAAAUUCGAAACAAGUGGGUGCCACUUUCUUCAAGAGUUACUCAGCGUUAUGCCCAAUUUGACCGUCGUCACGGGUUUCGAUUCAAUGAAGGGGAAGAGGUUGAGCACCGCUCCGAAGUUCUCACGAUUGGGUUCUCUCCAUUAUGAGCAGUGGGAUAACCAAACGGAUACAUUAGCCGAUGGUAUCGAUGCGGAUCUCAUCUUUAGCAAGAUUCUCUACAGAAAUCGCCACUUUCGAUUCACUUCGUUGAAAUCUGUCAAAGUUGUGUUUGACGUGGACAUGGUGUAUCACUUGCGCGUCUUACCACUCAAAAGUUUGGAAAUUAUCGUUCCCAGUCAAACAUUUGAAUCAUGGCAUCCACGACAGGUACAUCUGUUUAGUCACAUUCUUAGCUUUAACAAGACCCUCAAGUCGCUGAAAGUCAACUACUGCUCGGGAAAGACCAAGCUCUUCUCCACCUUUGACGGGAUUAAGCAUAUGAAUAGUUUGAGACAUUUGACCCUUCACCGGGUCAGUGGAAACCUGGACUUUCUCUCGCUGAUUCCCCAACUCAAAAGCUUGCACAUGACGCAAGAGGAUUUUUUCGAAUAUUACGACGAGUUCCACGUACACGAGCAAAAACCCCACAAAUUGGAAUCGCUAAAGUUGUAUUAUACAAGUUGGUCAGUCAGCUCCCUCUUCGUGGAAUUGCCUCGCCCUGCAAAAGUACUCAACGUUAUGCAAAUUAUUAUUCAGCGAUUCCCAAAAUUAAAAAGUUUCCGAAUGGAAUCUAUAACGGAUCGAGCGUUGGACAUGAUUUACGCGAUGAUGCCACAACUGGAAGAGUUGGAAGUGACGAAUGGGUCAUUCACAUCAGCGGGACUCAGUGGGAUCCCAGUCAUCAAUCAAGGCCAGUAUGCUUCAUCUUCGCCAUUGCGUAGACACCCACACAUUGGAAACCUUACAAAUUUGAAGCACCUUCGACUGGAGUCUAACAAAUUGACGGAUUAUGGCAUCGUGUCGAGUGUCAUCCAUUUGCAAUCUUUACGAUCUCUGUCGCUUUUAUGUUAUAAGAUUACUGACGAGUCCCUCUGCGCCAUUGUCAGGAGGCUUGGAUUAAAAGAAAUCAAGACUGAAUUUUGUUACGAAUUUACUCAGCCCAUGAUUCAAUGGGCAUCUAAAAUCUGGAAGGAUCGAGGCAGCGAAGUGAUAAUCAACCCAUACUGCGGUAACAUGGAGGUUGAACAAAUUCAUGAAUUUCUCAACGAAAAUGGUCCCAUUCACGUCUCCAUCCCUGACUUUCCAGUCUACAAAGAAUAAAAUAUGGUGUCCCGAUCGAUUAUACAAGUAUUUCUAAUAGAUCAACGUAUUCCAUCAAUGUUUACCUACGAAUUUUCUACUUCAUUUUAAGUCUUCCCUGCCGACAGAUCAUGUAGGACUAGUCGACACGUGCUAAAACCACAUGUUGUGCAUAUGAACUGUACUAAUUGUGAAGUAAAAGUCAAAACAGUAUGAGUUUGUUUAUAGAUUUCGUGAAUCAACUACUUUUACAGCCUAACACUUUUUCAACUUCUGUAUGUAUUUAUAUUCACAGAUUUUUGGACCUUGUUUUUUCAUACAUAUUUGGUUUGUUUACUUUUUAAUAUGUCCAUUCUCAACGAUGUGAUCUUAUAUUUAAUAUACUAAAUAUACGUAUUUUUAUGUGAGGAACAAAUUUUAUCUUACUGUGUAGAGAUAUUUGUGUGCUUAAAAACUUAAUAAAAUGACUUGUUCGAAA